CCAAAAUUAAUCCAGACUUUGUACAUGCAUUUAAUAUCUGUCAAUAAUGUUAAGUUAUAUCAAUGUUGUAACUGUGUGUGCACGUGUGAUGUGUGUGGUGUUGAUAUAUUAUAGGUGCUCUUCACUGAUUUUACAGAGAUAACACAGCUGCACUUUAAACACAUAAUGCUCCCUACACACCACAAGGAGUCACUGACUGCCGUUCCCAGUGUGUCAGUGAGGUGAACUGAAGCAUGAAAGGGCAUAUAGAGGCCAAGGUGAUAACGGUUAGUCUUCCAAUAAUCCGGUGAUAAGAAAAAGAAGCAACGGUUUGAAUCUGUUUUACGUGUUAAGUGUUGCUUAAGUGUAAAGCAAGCUACAAAAGCAAGGAGAUUUUGUCCGAGCUCGUCCCUAAAAUUCAAGAUUUUUUAAUGCUGGUGACAUUGCUGGUAGAAAAACCUCAGAGUUAAUGUAAGACCUAAAUACAAUUUGAUUAUUUAUCUAGUGUGUGUAGAAAGUGGAUAAGGGCACAUACCUGGAACAAGUUUGUACAUUCACAAUGAGCACACCUUAGGGUAAAAUGGGACGCUUAAGGGAAAUACUUUUCCUAGAAGUAUGACAUAUCGCCAGUCGCUCCUCCCUGAUAAAAAACCAUGUGAUGCAGGUCAAACAGGCUGACAGGGGAGGGAGGGAGGGCGAACUCACUGUCCUCACCUUGCACAGUGCAACAACCAUACCAGACAGGAGAAGAAGCAGAAGAGGUUUGUGAUAUUUUAAGGCUCCUGAGUACCGGUGAAUAAAGUCAGUACUACAAACAUCUGAUGACGAAGGGACCAAUGGAGGGGGUUAAGCUACUGGAAAUGUGGAAUAGAGGAAAUACAGAGAAAGAGUCCUGCAUGGAUCAACAAAUGGAAUCUCAGCCACGCAAAAAACUAUCCCAUUCUAUUGAGGAAAUUCUAUGGGGGCCCACAUGUGCCAGAAAGGAGAAGAAAGCACAUCGGAACUGGUCUGUUAUCAAGGUGAACAACAGGAUAUCUAAGCAGAUCUCAUGUGCAGAAACAACACAAAUCAGACUACUUGAAGAGUCUCCAAAAGCCUCCACGGACAGCAUGAGUCAGAGGAAAAAGAGGCAAACGCGGGUCACUUUCACCCCAGUCCAGGUGCAGGAGCUGGAGAAAGCCUUCCAGCAGACUCACUACCCAGACGUGAACAGAAGAGAGCAGUUAGCCUCUCGCCUGCAACUCCCAGAGGGACGAAUACAGAUUUGGUUCCAGAACCGCAGAGCCAAACGGAGGAAAGCAGAAACUCUGAAGGACAUAGAACUGAUGAGCAGCCGGCCUGCAAGUCAUCCCCUGCUUUAUUUUGAGGCGCUACAGAAGUCCUCGCUGUUCUGGCUGCCGUGCUGCCUCCCUGAACCUCUUCAGUCAGCGCUGUUCCCCAGAGCAGCUCCAACAGCCCCCUUGCUGACCAACACACAUUCCCCAGGUCACAGGACUCUGUAUUUUGACCCGCUGGGGACCAACAGAUAGCAGUACUCUUACUUGAUGACGCUAUUGUGUUAAAGUGUUUUUAAAUGACGUGGUACAAAGAUCAUAAUGAGCUUUGAUACAUCAUUUGCUGGAGAUAUAACCCGAACUCUACUGUAAUCUGUAAAAUAUAAUAACUGUUUAUUGAUGAGCUUUAAUUGUCAUGUGUGUUGUAUAUACUGUGUUGACAACAUGAAAUAAACUUGUUGAACUUUA